UGCCCUACCUCCCUGUCACAGUGGUCCACUCAUCCGGUUACAGCAGCAGGAGUGGCGGCGGCGGCAGCCAGAGCGAGAACAGCCAGAGCGCCAGGUUCCCGGGACCCGAGCGGUGGCCGCGGCGGCAGCUCAGCGCGGGGCUCAGCGCCGGGCACCUGAGCGGACCCGGAGUAGGGGGCGAGGGGGAAGUUGGCGCCAGCCACUCUGAGCCAGGGAAGGAGGGGGCACCUCCCAGCCGAGAUUCCACCGCUGGGAAUAAUCUCCGCCGGCUGGCGAGGUGGCAACGAGCUGGGAAGCCUGGUGGGGUGAACAUGUGCCGGAGCAGCUAGAGGCCUCGGGCAGGGUGACACGUGGUCCAAGUGUAAAGAAGCUAGGAAAGCUCUGCCGGGACCAUGACGGCCUCUGGGCUGGACUUCGGGGAGGUGGAAACUUUCCUGGACAGGCACCCGGAGUUGUUUGAAGAUUACUUGAUGCGGAAGGGGAAGCAGGAGAUGGUCCAGAAGUGGCUGCAGAGGCACAGUCAGGGCCAGGGGGCUUCAGGCCCAAGGGCCGCUUCGGGUGGCACCAGCAGCUCGGCUCAUGGCACUGGAAGAGGUGGUGGCAGCGUUGGUGGUGGCACUGGACCGAAUGGCGCUGUCAACUGUCAACCCGCCCCCAGUGGCAUGGACUGUGGAGCGGGACCCCUGAGUCCCAGCUGGGCUGGUGGCAGCCGCGGUGAUGGGAGCCUGCAGCGGAAAGCUUCUCAGAAAGAACUGAGGAAGAGCUUUGCCCGCUCCAAGGCCAUCCAUGUCAACAGGACCUACGAUGAACAGGUGACCUCCCGGGCCCAGGAGCCCCUGAGCAGUGUACGACGGAGAGCCCUUCUCCGGAAGGCCAGCUCCCUGCCCCCCACCACAGCCCACAUCCUCAGUGCCCUGCUGGAAUCAAGGGUGAAUCUGCCUCAGUAUCCCCCAACAGCCAUGGACUACAAGUGCCACCUCAAAAAGCACAAUGAGCGUCAAUUCUUCCUGGAACUGGUCAAGGACAUCUCCAAUGACCUCGACCUCACCAGCUUAAGCUACAAGAUCCUCAUCUUUGUCUGCCUCAUGGUGGACGCUGACCGCUGUUCUCUCUUCCUGGUGGAAGGGGCAGCUGCUGGCAAGAAGAGCUUGGUCUCCAAAUUCUUUGAUGUGCAUGCAGGAACCCCCCUGUUGCCCAGCAGCAGCACAGAGAACUCAAAUGAGGUGCAGGUCCCCUGGGGCAAAGGUAUCAUUGGCUAUGUCGGGGAGCAUGGAGAAACCGUCAACAUUCCUGAUGCCUACCAGGAUCGAAGAUUCAAUGAUGAAAUUGACAAGCUAACUGGAUAUAAGACAAAAUCACUGUUGUGCAUGCCUAUCCGAAGCAGUGAUGGUGAGAUCAUUGGCGUGGCCCAAGCCAUAAAUAAGAUUCCUGAAGGCGCUCCAUUUACUGACGAUGAUGAAAAAGUUAUGCAGAUGUAUCUUCCCUUUUGUGGAAUCGCCAUAUCUAAUGCUCAGCUUUUUGCUGCCUCCAGGAAAGAGUAUGAAAGAAGCAGGGCCUUGCUAGAGGUGGUUAAUGACCUCUUCGAGGAGCAGACUGACCUGGAGAAAAUUGUCAAAAAAAUAAUGCACCGAGCCCAAACUCUGUUGAAAUGUGAACGCUGCUCUGUUUUACUCCUAGAGGACAUUGAAUCGCCUGUGGUGAAGUUUACCAAAUCCUUUGAAUUGAUGUCCCCAAAGUGCAGCGCCGAUGCUGAGAACAGUUUCAAAGAAAGUGUGGAGAAGUCUUCCUACUCUGACUGGCUGAUAAAUAACAGCAUUGCCGAGCUGGUUGCUUCCACAGGCCUUCCCGUGAACAUCAGCGAUGCUUACCAGGAUCCGCGCUUUGAUGCCGAGGCUUUUGUCAUCUUUUGUGGCCUUGGCAUCAACAACACAAUUAUGUAUGAUCAAGUGAAGAAGUCCUGGGCCAAGCAGUCUGUGGCUCUGGAUGUGCUAUCAUACCACGCGACAUGUUCAAAAGCUGAAGUUGACAAGUUUAAGGCAGCCAACAUCCCUCUGGUGUCAGAACUUGCCAUCGAUGACAUUCAUUUUGACGACUUUUCUCUCGACGUUGAUGCCAUGAUCACAGCUGCUCUCCGCAUGUUCAUGGAGCUGGGGAUGGUCCAGAAAUUUAAAAUCGACUAUGAGACACUGUGUAGAUGGCUUCUGACAGUGAGGAAAAACUAUCGAAUGGUUCUGUACCACAACUGGAGACAUGCCUUCAACGUCUGCCAGCUGAUGUUUGCCAUGCUAACUACCGCUGGGUUUCAAGAGAUUUUGACCGAGGUGGAAAUUUUAGCGGUGAUUGUGGGAUGCCUGUGUCAUGACCUCGACCACAGGGGAACCAACAAUGCCUUCCAAGCUAAGAGCGGCUCUGCCCUGGCCCAGCUCUACGGAACCUCCGCUACCUUGGAGCAUCAUCAUUUCAACCACGCCGUGAUGAUCCUGCAGAGCGAGGGUCACAAUAUCUUUGCAAAUUUGUCCUCCAAGGAGUAUAGUGACCUAAUGCAGCUUUUGAAGCAGUCAAUAUUGGCAACAGACCUCACGCUGUACUUUGAGAGGAGAACAGAAUUCUUCGAACUUGUCAGUAAAGGAGAAUAUGAUUGGAACAUCAAAAACCAUCGUGAUACAUUUCGAUCAAUGUUAAUGACAGCCUGUGACCUUGGAGCCGUGACCAAACCGUGGGAGAUCUCAAGACAGGUGGCUGAACUUGUAACCAGUGAGUUCUUUGAACAAGGAGAUCGGGAGAGAUCGGAGCUCAAGCUCACUCCUUCAGCUAUUUUCGAUCGGAAUCGGAAAGAUGAACUGCCUCGAUUGCAGCUGGAGUGGAUUGAUAGUAUCUGCAUGCCUUUGUAUCAGGCAUUGGUCAAAGUCAAUGUGAAGCUGAAGCCAAUGCUAGAUUCGGUGGCUGCAAACAGAAGUAAGUGGGAAGAACUGCACCAAAAAAGGCUGCUGGUCUCUGCUGCCUCUCCCUCCACUGCCAGCCUCCUGGUAGCCGAGGACAGAAACCAAACCUCCAAGUCAGCUGCUGCUGCAAAAUGACUGCAUCCUGAAGCUCCAGUCCAGCCACAUCAUCCCUUUGUUCUUUUAGCUUAGACCUAAAGUCUUGAGGAUGCACUGGGAAGCAUGUAUUAGCUUUCACGUUGAAAUAUGGUCAGCACCAGAGAGAGUGACAGGAAGGACAAAGGAGGUGGGGCAGGCAGCAUGCCCCAGGACCCUCACCUCCCUCUGAUGAACACACAUGGGCUGAGAUGAGAGCUCUGGGGAGAGGACUAUUUGGGAUCCAAGGACCUGAGGACAGUUGGCCCUGCUCUCUCUCUGAGCUGAGGGAACACAGAAUCGUGAAAGCAUUGUUAGAGCAGCUUCAUUUGUUUAUGGCUCUUCUGUUUGUUACAAGCCAAACACUGGCUGCCUUUGCUUCCUCUCUCUGAAUGCCCUUUUGUGCCAGACUGUCCCAAGAAUUCUGAUUUGUAAUCUCUAGAAGUAUUUUGUUUUUAACCCUAAAGCCUUUUAAUGAUGGAUCAGAGCCUUAGAAUUACCUACCUGAAAGAUAAGCUAUACUAUCCUUAUAAAUACCAACCACUCCCAGUUCGCCCUCCAAAAGGUUCAUAGUACAGUUACAGCAAAUGUGUUUGUCUGAUUGGGAUUCUACAUUGGGACCUUAGUCCCCUUAGUCAGAGUUGUUUAAUUCAACCUUCAUUAGAGACCAAGUCUUCUCCCAGCAGGAAUGGAUUAAUAGACUUUAAUUAAAGUAAGGAUGAAAGAAAAUCCAUAGCUGGAUUUACCACAAGUGACAUCUAGGAACU